GCCGGUUUCUGAGCGAGUGGCUCUAUACUACUAUACGCUACUGAUUUCAGUUGACUAUCGUACGGGAACAUGUGAGCAACGGUGCGAGAGACCGUGUUGUGUGCGUCUUGUGUAUUUGACAAGAUGAGGCGAGUUUUGAGUCGUCUGAUCACUUUAGGUUUACUGUUGUGUGUGGUCCAUGUUUGGUCCGAACGGACUUGUGGAACGGAAUUCACAGACACAGCAUCAAGUGCAUUGUUAGCGGAUAUUAUUGUGGAGGGUCGGGUAAGAAGGGUACCCAAAGGAUCAGACAUCUACAAUGUGACAGUCAAUGUUCGCAAGCUCAAGAAAGGUGAAAAAUUACUCAACGGCGGCAAGAAGCCGAAAUCAAUUAGUAUAGGGCCAUUUGGGAAAGAAAAUAAACAAGAUUGUGUCGGUGAGGUUGUUGGAAAGAAAAUAUAUUUAUUUUUCCUAAGGAAACCUAACAACGGUGGAAAAUAUUUGGAAAUAUCAGCGUUGCCCGUUAAAGCUAAAAAACGGACCUCGAGAGCUAUCCAGAAAAUAAUAUGCGAGGACUGUGCAAAAGCACCAGCAAUAAGAAAAAUAAGAAAUCGGCGGAUUGAAGAAGGAGAAACACUAAGGUUAAAAUGUUCGGCAAAAGCAAAGCCAAACCCAAAAUUUCAGUGGUUUAAAGAUGGACAUCCUUUAAAAGAAAAAUCAGGAACAUUACGAAUACAGGAUAAAAGGAGAUCAUCACGCUUACAAAUUUUCAAAGCAUCAGAGAGAGACGAAGGAAACUAUGUCUGCCUGGCGUCCAAUGCAAAGGGCUCUGACAAUAUUACAGUGCGGGUUGAAGUUAAGGCCCCAACAUUGAAGCAUAGACGAUGUAAACAGCAGACAUAUUGUCUCAAUGGAGGGACAUGCAGAUACAUGGACAGCUUACAGAAAGAAUUUUGCGAGUGUCCAGAAAAAUGGGCGGGGCGCCGCUGUGAGAUCCAGGAUAUCUUCAGCUUAGGGCCAGACUAUAACAUACUUAUAGGACAAGCAAAACUUUUGCAUGAUCGUACUAUCAUCUUCAUUAGCAUCGCCAUUGCAACCUUGGUCUUCAUUGCAAUAUGCAUCGUGUCAUACUUCAUGGCCAGGCGGCAACGCAAAAAGUGGGAAAAAAGGAGGGAUCAAAAAAAAAAAAGAAACAUUCCAGUAGAAAAUCAAUAUCGUCCUCUCCUAGAUGAUGUAGAUGCUCCAAAUCCACUUGUACAUAGGGUAAAAGAGAAUCAUACACAGACAGAUAACUACUUGAAUAAUGACAACUCGCCCCCAUACAGUGACCCCAAUAUCUACCCUGUCAUCAACCCCUAUGGGGUUCCCAACACACAUGAUGACCCUCCAGUAGAGAUGAGACGUCAGGCCCAACCCCUAGGGGCUGCACCCAACCCUGCUUCUAACCAUGGUAAUGAAGGGCCAGAUCGAAGGUCAAGGGCGUCAUCACGAGGGUCAAGGACACGGUUGAAAGCUGUAUCGUUGGAUGAAGGUCGUGAUAAUGAAGAAGAGUUCGAUCAGCCUGGAAUGAACGAGCCUGACUGUAUCCAGAUGCAGAAGCUUCCCCGGAACUGUUAUUCCGAUGGGAACAUCAAGGGCGGAACCAGACAUGCCUACAGACGACCGCCACCAACUAUGCACGACAUGGACAUUCCCGAAGGAGAACUUGACAAUAUAGAGCCCCUGAAUGCUGAAGAUCCUGUAGUGGUUGACCUGGAGUCUCCUGCACUAGAACCUUCCACUGACAAUGAGGAUAGACACAGACCAACUGAUGAACCUGCCGAUGAUGUGGAAAAGCCAAUAGAUGAUCAAAACCAUCCAAAGCGUUAUAUGUAUCCCCCAAGUAAGUCUUUGGACUUUGAGUCAGAAAGUGAAGAAGAACCAACAGAGGAAAGCCCUCUGACGCGGUUGCAUAUCAGUGAGGAUGAGGAGGAUCAGGCACCAUCUCGGGACAAGAGUUUCGACUCUCUGGACCUUGAUAAAUCAGAUUCACAACCGACAGUGGAAAGUGUUGUUCUUGACAGUGGUCCUCAGGAUUCUAGGAACAGUACUGAGCCAUUGUACAAAGACAAUCCUGACAGUUUAAGCAGCAGUGUUACUGGCAGUCCAGAUACCCACCCUAGCUCCUCCAUGGAAAACUUUGAGUUCCCCAUCCUCCCCAAUGGGACGGAGACUGGCCUGUCGUGGGAUGAACACGGGAUGCCGGUGUCUCCCGGUCAUUAUGCAUAUUCUCCUCCCAACACAGACUCUCAGAACCUGGAGGACCAGUACAUUCAUCCUCACCCACCCAAUGAACUGCCUCUCAGCCCCACCAAGAACAGUGCUGUAUAUCAAAAACUGCUGAAGGACAUCAGAGAAGACCAGGAUCCCAUCCCUAUAUGAUUGUCUUGUAUCACCAGAAUCCUCCUCCAUAUUCCCAGAACAGAUCCUGGAGUUCUUUUCCACAUCUAUGAUAAUGUGAAUGGACCACAAAGGAUGAUCCCAGCAUCAUACAACCACAUUAUCUGGAUCAUUCAUAAAGGAUUGGCACUGAUAUCAUUUUCCUCAUCAUCAGCACCUGCGAUGAUGUGGCUGGACCACAUUGGGUGGAAUCUUAGUAUAGUACACCCCAAUCCUCUGGAUCUAUAAUGACAAACCUGGACCUAACAGGAUGGGCGGUGAUACCAUUGUCCACAUUCUCUGGGUCUAUAAUGACGUACCUGGGCCUCAAAGGAUGGGCCAUGAUACCAUUGUCCUCAUUCUCUGGGUCUAUAAUGACGUACCUGGGCCACAAAGGAUGGGCUGUGAUACCAUCUUCCACAUUCUCUGGGUCUAUAAUGACAUACCUGGGCCACAGAGGAUGGGCCGUGAUACCAUUGUCCACAUUCUCUGGGUCUAUAAUGACAUACCUGGGCCACAAAGGAUGGGCCGUGAUACCAUUGUCCCCAUUCUCUGGGUCUGUAAUGACAUACCUGUUCCACAAAGGAUGGGCCGUGAUACCAUUGUCCACAUUCUCUGGCUCUGUAAUGACGUACCUGGGCCACACAGGAUGGGCCGUGAUACCAUUGUCCACAUUCUCUGGGUUUAUGAUGACAUGAACAAGUGCAGAUAGGUCUUCAAUGUCCAAAUCCUCAGCGUAUGAAGCGUAUCCUGUUCUCACAUCCAAGGACCUAGGACCUUUCCUUAUAUGACUCUCCCAAUCUUCUGCAUGUUUUGAGACAGUAUAUAUAUAUGUUCCUGGAUCAUAUAUAUUCAGUGUUACACCAGUGUUCCCACCUCCCUUGAUAUACAUGGUCUCUGAACUAUUUGAAUACCAUGAGACUAAGAACCAUUGUGCACCAUUUUGUGUUCUAACAAUGCAACAGUGAAUUUACGAAUAUAUGUGGCCCAAGUCUUGACUAUCUCUCUGUGUAUUGGCUUGGCCCUAGUGCUUUGACGACAGAGAUAAUGGCAUUGAAAGAUACUGUUCCAUGGCAGAACCCAGGACCAAGAUGAGUGAAAGGCAAAUGCUUUCAUCUAUAUUCUAUGACCAUUUAAUUAUCUUAUAGAAAGACCCUUCAUGGUGCCCUGUUCUUAAGCAUUUAAUGAUAUUCCCACUGCCAUUCAAUAUAAGAGUUGAACAAAUGGUUAUGAGGCACCAUUGUUUUUUAAGGCUACUAUUGGAAAAUUUCUAAUCAUCUAUACCUGAUGGUAGAAUCAGUGGUUACAGACAUGUACACUUAAGUGCUAUGUUUUGUAAAUUGCAACUUAUCAAAUAAUUUUUAUUUCCAUUUCUGAAUAAGUUACAGAAGCCAAUGACAUUCAAAUUGGAUAGAGAACAUACCAGUUAAGGUUUGUGAUUCAUAUAUUAAGGUUGAUUAAAAUUUCAUGAAAUUUAUUUAAUGUAAUAUUAAGUACUUAUACUUUAUGUAUUUAUUAUAUUGUGUUGUUAAAUGAUAAAGAAUAAUGGAGACAUAAAUCUUUAUGCUUUUAUUUAUAGUCAUUUCAUAAUAUCAUUAAAUAUGCAAAAUUCAGUUUAAUUCUGAAAUUAAUUGUUGCACCUCUACAGAAAAUUCUAUGUAUGCUUAACAAAAGUAGUUUAGAACAUGAAUAAUUUUGGAGAUAUGUUUAUGAAAUUGUGUCCUCAGUCUUCACUACAAAAAAAUAUCCGCACAAUUAUUCAUGGUAAAUUUUUGUUAAGUAUAUUAGAAUAUUUGGAUGACGAUAAAGUUAAUAGAUUGUAUCAACCAUGCCUGUGUGAACAGUAUCUUGUUCUAAUCCAUUGUUAAUGACAAGGGUAAUAAUGACGUGUUAAUGACCAAUGAAAGAAGAAUGAACAAUGACGUGGUGUUGUUGUGGACAUCGCCAUGCUGUAGGUAUCGUUGUUUGUACAUUGUAGUAAUGUAUUUCAGCAUCCACUUUCAUCUCUGUGUAUAUAAUGGUCAUACAGUGUUAUUUAAUUUCUUGUGUUGUGUGAAAUCAAUUUAAGUUAAUUCCUUUUAUAGACAUAUGUUGUAUAAAGUUAUGCCAUAUAAUGUUAUGAUUCUCAGCUGUGAUUCAUUCAACAUACUUGAAUGCACUUAAUAUGUUUAAUAUUUUUUUGCCAUUGUAAAUUAUCAUUUGAAAUUGAUGAUGUCAUUUCGUUGUAUAUUUCAUCUUAUGUUCUGUGAAUGAUGUAAACGGUUUCGAUUGUUCUUUAUAUUUACAGGUGUGUAUAUAUUGAAAUAGGAAUGUUGCAAUUUCACAAAGAAAAAACAUGAUACAUAUUAACACAAUGAGAACUUAACACAAUAUUAGUGUGCGUUUUUAUGCUUAAGAAAAAACAAGUUACCUGUGAAUAUACAUACAACAAAUGCACUCCAACGAUAUCAAAAAAUUACAUAGGUAGUAAUACAUUUAAGAAAUUAUUUCUCAAGAAUUAAUACACAUUUUGAUUUUAAGGCAUUAUCAAGUAUAUAUCUGCCGAAACGUAUUCCAUUGGCGUAGAAGGCAAAAUAGCAUUGAAACAUAUGAAGGGAUGAUUGAAAAUCAGUAAUGACACCGGGUGUUUGCAAAAAAGGUAAACAUGUCCUGUUUUGGCUGGUGCUUCCGCCAUUCACACAAUUUGCUAAAAAAGUAAGAGUAAAAGUAAUCUUGAGAAAUACAUUGUUUUUUCUUUAAAAAAACAAUAAAAUGGAUUCUGAACUCCAGGUGGUACCAAUUAUUUACAUUAAUAUUCUUUAAAAACUCCCUCCAGGUUGAGGUUGAGGUUGAGAUCAGUCAGUGCUUGACAUCCAGUUAUCUUCAUGGUUUCAGCCUCCUGUAACUAAAUGAGUAUAGGGCCAUUUUACUUUUUAUUGUUGGAUCACAGAUUUGUUGACGCUUUGUUACAUUAUUAAUGAGGAAGUAAAUGAUUCCAAAUUCAUGUUAAUUUCUUAAUAUGAUGCAUACUUUGAAAAUCUUAUUUCACAAAAUCAUUCAUUCUAUGCUGAUUGCAUAAAAAUUUAGAAAUCUGUCCAAUGUCCUUGAUACACAAGAUUACAUCAGUGGUCCAGUUGAUGGAACGUCUGCCCAAGAGCAGAAGGUCAGUGGCUCGACUUGAAAAGAUUGUUCUUGUUGCUCGUAGUCCGUAUAUUGUGUCUGAGUAGGAUAUCCAUGUUAAACUGCGGCAUGGUACCUCACUGAUCUAGCACUAACAAACCGACAAGUUUGCAUGCAUGUCGCUAUAGAAGUGCAAUGAUCUUGAACGUGACAUUAAACCCAGCUUCAUACUCAAACUAUCGCUGUUGGUCUUCACACACAUUUCACACACUUACAGCUCGCAAAUCAAAGGUCCCUAAAUUGAGGCUGAUGUCAAUGUCCCACUCUGAAGAAUCUGUGAUCCACCAAACAGGUUUAUAGUCAAUGCAUAUGGCACAUGCAAAGUUGGUCAGUGGUAUUCUAGUGAAAGGAUUAUGAUUGUAUUCGUUCCUGAUUUUGGGCCAUGGUUCAACAAUUCAUACCAUUCUUAGAGAGUCAAUGCCACAGAAAUGAUAAUAAGUCUUGAUUACCUUUAGAAACAGAUUCCACUAGACUUAAAAGGCAAAAUAAUGAUGAAAAUUUAUAAGAAUGGAUCAAUGAAAAUCAGUGAUGACACAAGUGUUUAAGUUUGAAGAAAUGUCCUGUAGUCACAAAGCAAGUGUUAUGCCAUUCACCAGGGCUCCAGAUAAUGCUUAUGGCCAUUGAGUAUUUACGAACAAGAUAUCAUUCACUUGGGUAUUGAUAGUUUUCUAUGGAUAUUCAAUUUAUUUUUAUGCGCUUUGGUCCAGUGUACAGGGAAUUUUUACACCAAUGAGUAGCCUUUUUAACUUAUUCUACUGAAGAUGGUGUAUGAGGUGACUUCUAAUUUGUAUCUGGUGGUGUGCUGUCCCAAGUGAGAAACAUAAACUCGACUACAGCGGUAACCAUGUAUUUUUAGAAAUAAGCAAGAUGAAGCAUCUUGUUAAUGCAUAUUCACAGCAGUAAACUCGAGUUCACGUUUAUAUGAUGGCUACAUUUCGAUCAGAUCUGUUAAGAAAUAUAGGUAUGCAAGUUGAAAAGAUAUACAUCGGGUAAUUACCGACAAUGCAUGUCAUGCAUAUUUGUGGGCAAGCAACUCAAAAUUAAUUGGGUAAUGAUGGCUUAUUUUGUAUAUUUACUUUUCUGGAGCUCUGACUCAAUGCUCCUUUAAGGAAAAGGUAUCUUCGAUCAGAUCGUGGACCUACUAACUUAUUUUCAUUUCAUCCGGACACUGCUGCCUCAAAUUUAAUUUAAUAUAAUUUAAAAAGACACUCUGUUAAGAAUUUGUUUCCAAGGACAUUUUUGUUAUUUGUAAUUGUCAAAAUUAAACAUCACUUUGAUAGAAUACAUUUGAUGGAUGCAUUUCACUGAGUUGGUACUACUUUAAUUAAAUAUGAACAUAAGGUUAUCAGUGAGACUCGCUUAGCUUGACUUAAAGAACAUAUCACCAAUUUGGUUAAAUACUGCAAAUAAUCAAUCAGAAUGAAAUGGUCAAUAGAUUGCCCUUGAAAAUAUGAGAAUAAAUAUUAUGUACUAUUGAAUUGCCUGGGAAUAAUUUGUCUUGAUUAUCUGUCAAAACCAAUUCCAUUGGGCAUAAAAGAUAGAAUAGUGAUAAACAAAAUAUGAAUGGAUCACUGAAAAUCAGAGUCAACACCACGUUUGACGAAAUGCACUUAUGACGAAGGUUUUUGUUGUUGUUUUAAGAAAACAAAUUGUAAGUUAUCAUAUUAUUUAUAAAAGUGUAUAUUUUUGUCUCUUUGUUGUUAUUGUGCUAGAUGUCAGUGUUCAAACGUUUGAUUGAGGAUGGCGUGAAUGGAUUUUUCCUUGGUAAAAAACUGUAAGUAUUUUUCAUGACGAAUCUAUUCCCAGGAAGCGGCAGUGGUGUUACAGCAUUUGACUGGUGAUUUUAUAAAUUUAUGCAAAUACUGAUGUGUCAAUCUGAUAUUGAUUGAAGUAGUGUAGAAUUUUAAAAGUUCCAUUUAAGAUUUGAGUCAGUUUUCGUCUGUUCAUCACAAUUGGUGUUUGUUUGUUAGCACCUUUCAGUGGAGAUCUGUGAAACAUGUCAAAAGACUGAAUUUUAAAAUUUACAAUUUUACAAUAAAACAUUUAUUGGGAUAUUUAGAAAUUUAUGCUUGGAGUAAAAUGCUAUGGUAUUUUAGAAGAGCACUAAUUAUUUUUUAGAAUAUUUGAUUGACUUUUAUAAUGUAUAUCCCCAUGCAGUCUUAUUAGGAUAUUCUACAUAUUUGACGCCUGCUCACCUGACAACAUUUUUUAUAUUUGAAUGGGGAGCACGGGUGGCCCAGUCGUCGUCCCUUGGGCACGCCAAAAACCUAUGAUUGUGGGUUCGAUUCCCGAUUCCCCCCGAUUAUGUUUCUAGGUUUGUCAGCACCA